UUAAUUAUCACAAUACGACCAACAUCAAACUAGUAUGAUUUACAAGUAUAACACAAAUAAACAUCUUGUGUUCAAAUCAUACAUGUGUACAUCUGGCAAGUUGGCAACAUUCCUUUAAAAAAAGUUAUACACAAACAACAUGGUGGAUCAGCUGUUUUCAUUUUUCGUGAACCCGAAAUUGUUUCCAUAAAAACGACGCGUUGUUAUGGUCACAUAGCCAUGUGUGAAUUAAAAUGGGUUCAAUCGCAUCGGUGCUGCAGUGGCAUUGUCAGACUUGUGGUCAAAUCAACCCCACGGAGAGUGUUAAGUGCUUAAAAUGUGGUAUAAAAAGAGUAUCUGACCAUGACAGUGUUAUCCAAAAACGAUAUUACACCGGUGAUUCUUCGUCGGAAUACGCUUCUCGGACAGAAAGAAGCGGUGGAACAACUCCCGGCUCCGAAGCUAUCGUCAUACCGACAACAAACACUUUCAAUAGCGGAUGGUCGUGCGUUGGGUCAGCGCCGCUGGCGAGCCGCGCGUGGCGCUGCGACUGCGGACUCCGGAACGUGUCGGCCUCUUGGCGCUGCGCCGCUUGCGACAAGAUCGCACCUCAUGCACCUGUUUACAGAUUGUCCGAUGACGAGGAGCAAACUUCAGGGAUGACUGACAAGGAUAAGCCUGACCAAGACCACAGCAUGAUAAGAUCCAACACAUUAGCUCUCCCUUCGUAUAAACCUUCGUCAAGUUUUUCCGGUGGUCGACCUCUGAAUCUCGAUGUGCAGUCCCUGCGUUUAUCUCCAACGCAAAUAACUGAUCACGCUCAUGGUGUCACACGGUCAUUAUCCCAUGGCUCUGUGAUCAAUUCUCAGCAAAAGUGGUGGAAUAUUGAAGAAACUAGAGGUACCAUAAACAGACCGACGAGUUUGUUAGUCUCUGAAAGAUAUGGUACUUCGUCGUAUAAUCCAAGAGAAUCUUUCUUGAGAAGUCUCCACACGGUCACGAGGCGGCCCAAGAAGUUUAACGAGAGCAAGUCUAAUUGGGAACUGAAUUAUGUGAAAGAAUAUCAAAAAGAGCAUAGUAGAGGUCUGCAUUUGAAAAAGUGGGCAUGUAGCAAAUGUACCUUAGAAAAUUCGGGUAUAAGAACUCAUUGCGAAGCUUGUUUGUCUCCAAGAAUAUCUCCUCUCUCCCGGAUUUCCAAUACAAGGGGUCUUAGUGUAACGACUCUGGGUAGACACGAGACUUUGAGCGGCAGAGAUGGAGCGACCUCGUUGCCGUCAUCUGGCGGUAUUAUGAUUACCGUCCCAGACUGGCCGCAAACAGCUACGAAUUCGGGCGAUUCGUUUCAGCGAUCAAUAAGCGCACAGAAUUCACCGGAAGCUCGACCGACGUAUCGACGAUCAUUUUCAGAACAAACGAAUGAGAAUCGACCUGUUGGCAAAGUUAUAUCAAGUAGAAGAAGUUUGAAUGAUUAUCAGAAAUCUCUCGCCGGCUAUUGUGGGACGCUGACGAAGCCCGAAGAAAGGCGGGACGCUGAUAAGAAGACGGAAGAAAAUGCUGAAUUAAUCGAUAAGGAAUGCAGUUGGGACACGAAUGCUGAGGGCGUUAUAUAUGCCUUGCCGAAUAAGGGCAAAUAUAAAGAUCUGAAUCUUCAAUUACAAGUCAAUAAUAAUGGCACGAGGUAUUCGUAUGUAUCCGUGCAAGAUACGAAAACCGUUAUGAGUAAUUCGCAGAAUGAAGUAGUGUACUCUAAUGAUAUGGGCGAUGGUGACUAUGCGAGGAUCGACGAGUUGUUAGGUACGGAAAAUUGUAUUUCUCCGAUCGGUGAGAGUAAUUUAAGGACCUCGCACAUCGGUGCGUCGAGUAAAGAGACUGGGAAAGUGUUUAAUAUGCUGCCCUCUGUUGGCAAAGUGUCGCAUAGCCCACGGGAUCCUUCUAAAGUGCCUUCUCUUCAGCAACAAACUUCACGCGAGACUGUCGGCGCGGCUCGCAUGUGGCAGUGCAGCGAGUGCUGGUUCGCGUACAACGCGUGGGGCGCGCGCUGUGACGUGUGUCGCAGUGCGCGGCCGCCGCACGCCGUCACACUCGCGCCGCAAGACGCCAGACACAGGAACAAUUCCUCGUCAGAAGCAAGUGGUACGAAACCAGAGACGAAUCGCAACGAGCCUCCUAAAAAGCUAACAGUGCCUAUCGCAUCAUUGGAUCAUGACCUUAACAGUGACGAACUCCUAUUCGCUGUCGACACGUCGGCGCCGCCCCCCGAGGCGGGCACGUGGUCGUGCGCCCGCUGCACGCUCGUCAACGACGCGGGCGCGGCCGCCUGCGCCGCCUGCGCCGGCUCCCGGCCCUCGCCGCACGCAUACUGGUCGUGCAGUUCGUGUACGUUACGGAACCCGCUCUCGGCGAACCUUUGUCUCGCCUGCAAAACUCCGCCAGUACCCAAACACGGUGUCCCGGGAUCUUCUAACGAGGCUACGAACCAAGCAGCCGCUGCUGCGGGUCGAAGUCCAUCGAGACACACUCCGGCACCGAGAAGGGCCUCCCGACACAAGACCCCUCCUCCCGAACACAAAGGCGAAAGCACAGAGUGGCCGUGUUCAGAGUGUACGUUCGUGAACGCUGGCACGGCGCUGGCUUGCGACAUGUGCCAGUCGCCCAAGACCAGGCUGUUGCCAGCCGCGCCAGACCAGCCCAGCUUGGACGACGAUGACUCCCCGGAGGGUUCCGACGGGGAGCGUCAGGAGAGCACUCCCAUGGAAAUACUCCGUUUGAGAGAAGAAAGCCACGCCUGGACACAGUGGCAGGAGGUUCUAGCUCAGUGCGCUGCGACGGGCUCGAUGUACGUGGACGCGUCGUUCCCGGCGGCGCCGCGCUCGCUGUACUACGCGGGCGGCGCGGGGGCGGAGGGCGCGGGCGCGGCGGCGCGCUGGCUGCGGCCGCACCACAUCCACGUGGACGCCGACCCGCGCCUGCCCUGGCUCGUGUUCCGCGACCCGCGCCCCUCCGACAUCUCGCAAGGUGUGCUCGGCAACUGCUGGCUGCUGUCGGCGCUGGCGGUGCUGGCGGAGCGCUCGGCGCUGGUGCGCAGCGUGCUGGUACGCGCGGAGCCGGCCCGUGGUGCCUACCAGCUGCGUCUGUGCAAGGACGGCCGCUGGCUGACCGUCACGCUCGACGACCUGCUGCCUUGCAACCGGAAGGGCCACCUCGUCUACUCGCAGGCGAAAAGAAAACAGUUGUGGGUGCCUUUGAUAGAGAAAGCUGUCGCGAAAUUACAUGGCUGUUACGAAGCGUUAGUCUCUGGGAGAGCUAUUGAAGGUCUGUGCACACUGACUGGCGCGCCUUGCGAGUCAGUAUCGCUGCAAGCGGGUGGCGCAGGCGGGGGUGCCGGCGCCCCCCUGGAGCAGCUGGACCGGGACCUGGUUUGGGCCCAACUGCUGUCCUCCAGACAGGCCUGCUUCCUCAUGGGCGCCAGCUGUGGCGGGGGGAACAUGAAGGUGGACGAGGAGGAGUACCAGCGGCUGGGCCUGCGGCCGCGCCACGCGUACUCCGUGCUGGACGUGGCGGAGCUGGGCGGCAGUCCGCCGCUGCGCCUGCUGCGCCUGCGCAACCCGUGGGGCCACUACACGUGGCGCGGCGCGUGGGCGGCGCACUGCCCGCGCUGGACCGACGCGCUGCGCCGCGCGCUGCCCGCCGCCGAGCGCGACCAGGGCGUCUUCUGGAUCAGCUUCGACGACGUGCUCAGAUAUUUCGACUGUAUAGAUAUAUGCAAGGUGCGAGUGGGAUGGCACGAGGUCCGGCUGGCCGGUAUCCUACCUCCCAUGUCGUCCACUCGACACUUGACCUGCCUCCUGCUCACUGCCACUCAACCCACCGAGGUCGACUUUACACUUUUUCAAGAGGGACAGAGGAAUUCGGCCAAAAGUCAGAGAUCCCAGCUCGAUUUGUGCGUAGUUGUGUUCAGAACUAAGUCUGGACCUAGCGCUCAAGUUGGUAAACUAGUAGCUCAUAGUAAAAGACAAGUCCGAGGUUUUGUCGGCUGUCAUAAAAUGUUAGAAAAAGGCUUCUAUUUAGUAGUAUGCUUGGCUUUCAACCAUUGGCACACUGGUCUGGAAAUGGCUGACAGUUCAGCCUGGCCACGUCACGUUCUAGCAGCACAUUCUUCGAAACCGUUGACCGUGGAACGACCCUCGCUCCAUCCACAUAUCCUGGCGGACGCCAUUAUUGGAUUGACCUUGGCCAGAGGUCAAAGACACGAAGGAAGACAAGGAAUGACGGCGUAUUACUUGACGAAGGGUUGGGCGGGUCUAGUGGUCAUGGUGGAAAACAGACACACGGAUAAAUGGAUACACGUGAAGUGUGACUGUCAAGAGAGUUACAACGUAGUGUCCACGCGAGGGGAGCUCAAGACCAUCGACUCUGUGCCGCCGCUGCACCGGCAGGUGAUCAUAGUGCUGACGCAGCUGGAGGGCAGCGGCGGGUUCUCCAUCGCGCACCGCCUCACGCACCGGCUGGCGGCGGGCGCGCGCCUGCAGGACUGGGCGCCGCGCGCCGCCGACCCGCCGCGCCACCGCCCGCCGCUCGCGCGCCGCCUCAGCGGCCUGCACGCGCCGCGCCUCAUCACCUAGGCGCCGGCCGGACCGCGCUCGUGCCGCCCAGCGGCCCGUUGAGCUUCCGGCUUCGAUACUCAAAAGUUCAUUACUAGCAAUUUGUAAUGAACCUGCGACAAGAAACGUAACAUUAUGCCUCGUGCUCGCCUCUCCGACUUCAUUCGAAACAUCGAAUGGAUCGAAGCCAACAUCUUUCGAUUUCGUGUCUAGGAUAUCUGAGUUAGUACUCCCCCUGAUAAUUGUAUAAGCCGAUAUGGAAUGCCCUCUCUUUACGAUGAUUUAGAAACUGGAAUACCGCCGAUUAACUCUAUAAAUGUAUAUUAUUAUUAGGACAUGUUUCGAUCUAUUCGAACGUCGUUGCGAUACUGCCUUAACGUCAAAUAUAUCUUAAAUAAAACCAAAUGGACACAAAAUAUAUUUGCAUCAUCCGACGAUGAUGGAACUAAUGACAUUGAACGUGAUGACGACGAAAGUACCACAAUAGUGUUUAAUAUAUAAAAGACCUAUCAUUUGAUAACUCGAUACGAUCCGUAUUUUUUAACUAUAAAUAAAUAUUGCAUAUAAAAUUUCCCACGAUGGUUAUUUUUCGACUAGUUGUAAGCACUUCGAUUAAAUAUUAAGCGAUCAUUAAUGUAUAAACUGUAAGAUGUUUAAUCAUUAUGUAAUAAAUAUCGCGUAGAUGUGUAAUGGCAUUGCAUUCGUUAAUUUAGUCUUUAAAUGUAUUGUUUUAAGGACGGAAGGAAAUCGCGCAAUCGAUUCAAUGUUCUGUUUGAGAUCUGAAAAUUGUUUUGAUUAUUUUGAAAGGAAUAUGUUCGAGAAUGUGAUGUUAGAUUUAUAAUAACUCAGUGCAAUUAAAUGAAUUUCUUUAGGAUAUAGGUUUCUGCACGCAUUUUUAUAUGUAAUAUAUAAUAAAAAAAUAAAUAGAAUAGGGGUGCGCAAAAUUGACAAAAAUGUUUUCUGUUAAUUCCAAAUUUAUAUUAUUAUUUAAGUAAAAACAUCCUUACUUAUAAACGUUGUUUUGCGAGUGAUUAGUCAAACUAUACUGUGUCUUCUUCUUUCUAACGUCAAAUCAAUAAUGAAAGAAAGAGCGAAAGCAGAAAAAAACUGUAUAUUAUAAGUGAGGCCGUAAAUGUCUAUGUGUUACAUCGGUCUAUAUUUGAACACCCCUGCGGUUUUCUCUCAUUUGAACAUAUUCGAAUUUUGACAACAAAUGUUAGCACAAUACAUGUUAAGGAAAAAAUCCUGUUAUUUCUUGCAAAGGAAUUUGUAAUUAUUUGUUAGAAUUGGUUUGGUUUUUUGGUAUUUCGACAUUAGUCGAUGCGCUAUGACCACGACGUGACAUGACUGUACAGCAAGUACAGUAACAGCCUGUUAAUGUCCCACUGCUGGGCUAAGGCCUCCUCUCCCUUUUGAGGAGAAGGUUUGGAGCUUAUUCCACCUCGCUGCUCCAAUGCGGGUUGAUAGAAUACACAUGUGGCAUAAUUUCAAUGAAAUUAAACACAUGCAGGUUUCCUCACGAUUUUUGCCUACACGGUCAAGCACAAGAUGAAUUAUAAACACAAAUUAAGCACAUAAAAAUUCAGUGGUGCUUGCCCGGGUUUGAACCCACGGCCAUCGGUUAAGAUUUACGCGUUCUAACCACUAGUGACAGUAGUGAGACCGAAUUGUUUACUUAGAAGAAAUGACGCCACAUGGAUGAACCCACCAGAGAUACAAAUGUUUGUUAAAAAUAAGUUACACUUGUUUAAUUACAAAUUUGGAAGAUUCACAGCAGCUAAACACUUAAUAACAAAUUUAGUUACAUAAAUGUGGUAAAAAAGGAUCUUUUUCGAACAAAUUCGAGGCUUAUUUGGUCAUCACUCAUUUUCACACACUAUUUGCUUCAAGUUAAACGGCGGCGUUUUUAUUCGUCACUAAAAAUAAGUCAAUUCGUGCGCCGAGUUGCUACAUACAAUUGAUUUUAUAGUUGAAGCAAGUGUCAAGACUUCAGGUUACGUAUGUGGACAUAACGCCCAUAGAUAUUAUUGAAUUUUAUUACGAAAGACAUUAUCAUAUCGCAAUUUAAGUCCAUGGCUGAUUGCAAUGCUCAUUAAAUAAUUAAGUAAUGUCCCAAUACUGGGCUGAUGCCUCCUCUCAUUUUUAAGAGAAGGUACGCUUAAUCCACCACGCUGAUUCAUUGCGGAUUGGUGGAUAUAUGUGGCCAGAUUUAUAUCCGACAGAUGCUGGUUUUGUCGCGAUGAUUUUAAUCAUCGCCGAGCACGAGAUGAAUUAAAAAAAAAAUACGCACAUGAAAAUUCAGCGGUUAAGAUUCGCGUGUAACCUAUAAACUUGUGUAAUGGCUCAUCUCAGUUCAUUAUGUACAUUGUAAUGAUUUGUUGAAUUAAUUAAAUGUAAUUGUGAUCAUAUUACUUGCCAUUAAUUUUAAUUCGUAAUUUAUCACUUCGCCUAGGAAUGUAAGAUUGUGCAAUUAUUUUAUAAUUAUAUUAUAUUAUUUUUUAAUCACUCGAAUGGCACAAGACAGCACAUGAAAACCAUUGUAGACGUUUUUUUUAUUAUUAAAUGGCACUUCUGUUUAUUUUGAAGUGCCGGCCGCUUCUCCCCCGACAUGGAGGUCGGGGACCUUGUCCACGUCUAUUGUCUUCUCUGUCAUAUUUCUUUCUAUGCUGCUUUAUUUCUUUGUAUGCUUUUUUUCGUUAUGUAACUGCAGAAUUCUAAAAAUUUGUCUCUUUUUUUCUUAUCCUCUGUUAUAUUUUUUAGUUCGUUAUUUUCUAUCUUACACUUAAUUUGGACUUCUGUGUCCAUUCUAGCUAUUUGGUACUUAGGGCAUUCGGUCAACAGAUGGAUGAUCGUUUCUUCCUUUUCAUCAUCACAUACACAGGAUGGGCUGUCUGCACCUAAACCUGUGUAAGUAUUAACCGAAUCCCCCAUGUCCUGUCAUUAUUUGCGUUAGAACAGGUGUCAUCUUGAUUUUCCUUAUUAUUUGGUAAGCUUUUAUUGCGUUUGGGAGGAAAAUCUUAGUGACACCUGCCGUGUCCGCUUCUCGGUAUCGGUAAUCCCAUUUAUUUAGGGUUUCUUUUCUGAGGGUUUGCUUUAUAUACGAUAGUGGGCAUUUGUCAUAAUUGGCGGCGGUCUUAGCUUUUAAAGCCGCUUCCUUCGCCAAUUCGUCUGCGCGUUCGUUUCCUCAAAUUCCGACGUGCGCCUUUACCCAGAAGAAUUCGACGGAUGCGUUAUUUUUCGCUAGGUCCCGUAUAUUUCGUUUUAUGUCCACUGCGAUCUUGUUUGUGGUGGUUUGAUCCUCUAGCGUUUGCAACGCUGAAUUAGAGACUUAGGAUAUCCUCGUUACUAUUAUGUGAAAGUAGGUUCCGCAGGAUCACGAGAGGAUCUUUGUUCCUUCGCUCUUCGACCUUUAACUUGGAACCUACCAACAUUUUUGACACUUUAUCCAGCUCCUUUUUUUCGCAGCAACCCAGAAUCACUUUUUGGUCGCGCACCUUCCUCAGUCUGUCCACCCUGAUGCCGGAUGUUCUCGCAUCGAUCGCCCGUCGUAGCUUUCACACCACAUCGUCUGACGUAUCGACUACGUCCUCCGAUGAGAUGAUUAACGAGUGGACAGACUGGGUUCGGUUCGCCACUGGUGGAGUCGCGGCUAUUGAUGCGUACGUGGCGUGUUUUUUCUCUAAUGUCGGGUUUGUUUGUACCAUUAUGUUCAUUUUUUCCACCUGCAUUUUUAUUUCCUUUAAUUCCUUGUUAGUUUCCUCGGCUAACUUUGACUGUUUUUCAAUAUGCUGCAAGAUGUGUUGUUGUUUUUUAACACAUUCCUCCUUACUUUCAUUGUAGACGUUAGAAUUUAGGAAUGGCGUACGUGCGACACAAAAUCGUUCAAAUUAUUGAUAUCAUACGAUUUUAUAACUUAUUUUUAUCGGGAUAGAGUAUAAAUUCACGUAGCUAUCAAUUUAGGUAUUGUGUCGCACCUAUUAUAGUUGUAAAUUGAAUGGCACUUGUAAAAAUCCUUGAAGAAAUUAAUGAAAUCGUAGCACGUGUGUAGUUGAUAAUAAUAAUUAUAAAUUUAAAAAAAAAUUGUACACAAAACUAAGCUUUUAUAAGAGGUGUUGGUCGUUUUUGAAGUUCUCACAGUUGAAUGUUAAGGGUUAUUUUUAUGUGCCAUAAGGGUUAGACUAGAGGGUAGGCAAUUUAGUUGCGCGACUGUUGCGCAACCCGUGCGGAACUGGCUAGUCGGGCGAUGCGAUGGACUUUUGAUAAACUAAUAUUACCUAGUUGGCAUCCUAGACGCUGUUUGUCUCUUGCUUUGUAUUUGUGAAUUGUAAUAACGAUAAAAAAAUGUAUAUUUUUUUUUUUUUUUUAAUUUCUCACUCCAUGACAUUAUUUCCGUAUGAAGUUCUUUACAAAUAUUAUUUUUUUAUAUACGUUUUGUGAAAUAUUUUAUAAUGUUAUUGUUUUCUUUAUAUGAAAUUGUAAAUGUUAAAAGACAAAAGAAAAACAAUCCAUAAUUACAUCUGCAUAUGCGACAGUAUUAUUAUAUUUGCAUAUGCAGAUAAAUAUAUGCAAAUGCACAAAUAGUGAUGUUCUAUGUUAAGAAUAUUUGAGAUUAGUUUUAUUUUGUUUUAUAUAUAUUAUCGAAUACAGAAGCAAGAAAUGAAAGUUUUUAUGAAAUUUUGAUAUCACGUUUUAUUUAUUGACUAUAUACUUAACGUAGCGAGGUUGUUUUGUAGCUAAAUGACGCUUAUUUUACGUGUUAGAGGAUACGUGAAUGCAUGUUAUAUUACCUAAAUGUAAGGGAAUAAAAAUUAUUUAAAUUUGA